AUGUCGACCCCUAAAUCCAGCGACAGGCCCUCGCCGCCGGGCAGUGGAGGGGGUGGUGAUCGAGACACAACGGUUACAACACUGGCAGCUAUGCCUAGAGAUCCGGUCACUCCCGGCCGCUUUACGACACUAACUCCCACUGCCAUUCGUUCAGCAGCCAGGCGGACACCUCGUGGAGGAGCGCCUUCGACCCCCUUUGGACUUCGGGCUAUUCAGCGACGAGCUGCCAACACUCCUGGACGAGACCGACGGCGAAGUGGUCGCGUGCAGAGGGAGACACCAUUUGACAUAUUGAAAAAUCUCGGGAAAGCACUGGCUCCCAUAUCGAAGCCGAUCAGUUCGUCUCCUGAAGAGGAACCCCCACCACCGAAAAGAGAUGAGAUUGACGAGCUCGAUAAUGAACCUGUUCCGGAGCGGCCACGUCUCUCGCUUCCAAUCGACGAGGACACUGGAGAGAUCGAGGAGGGCAGCCCUGAACCGCCCCCCCGGCUCUCCUUGGCAUUCGAUGAGGAAGAUAUCACACAGAGAUCUGUCGAAUAUCCACGGAGAGCAAUGAGUGAACAAGAUCGAGCAAGACUAUCGAGAAUGAGCUUCGGGGACGUCAGACUGAGCGAGAAUUUUGGUGACUUGAGCAGGCUUGAUGGUGCCUCGGAAACUGGUGAUGUUACGACACUACAGCAGGGCAACGAUGAGGAGGCACAGGAUGAUACGACUCUUGGCCAAGGGGCUUUCGACGCAGGAGGAGAAACCGAGGAUCUCGGACGGUUUAAUCUGGAAUUCAAUUUCCCAUCUCCCAGUGGUCAAGGCGCGGCUGAACCUGACCUCGCGCUCGCCAAUGAUGACGAGGACUUCAUGCUCAACACGGCCGAUGCGCAACCCGACGCUGGCUUCCCAUCAUCUGAUGAUGACGCUGCGGCUGCUGGGGACUUUGGGCUCGACGUUGACGUCCCCGAUCAAGUAUCAGACGCUGGAACUCCUGGAAUCAUUGGAGGCGGGCUACGGGAUGAACCUCUCCCAGUGGGUCGAAAGCAGAAGAAGCUUUCACGACAUGGUAUCCCAGUUCCGAACCUCCCUUCCGGAGUAGUGAAAAGGUUGGCCAUGCGAUUCGCCAGGACCGGCUCGGGAGCCAAAACAAAGAUCAGCAAAGAGGCACUGGCUGCCAUCGAGCAGGCAUCGGAAUGGUUCUUUGAACAAGCAAGUGAAGACCUUGCAACGUACGCCAAGCAUGCAGGGCGCAAGACCAUCGACGAAAGUGAUGUGAUGACCCUGAUGCGAAGCUCAAAAACAUCUCCCAAAGGAACUGUUGCAGGAUAUGCGACUUUCAUUGCCCCCUUAACGCCUACAUCCCUAAGUCUUAAGUCUGUGAAUGUCGCUAAAUGGAGUUGGAAUGCACCAUGA